AUGGGUAGAAUUCAUUCUAAAUCUAGUCGAGCUCGGACUAUACCACGACCACGAGAUCAUUAUAAACGAAAUUGUUCGAUAGAUUCGAUUAUGUCAUUGGGUUCUUCAGAUACCACUCUCGCAUGUCUUGAAGAUACGAGAUCGGUUAGAUCAUUAGGCUCUUCGAAUACCAAUACUGCAUAUGCUGAAGAUUCGAAAUCUAUUAGAUCAUUGGGUUCUUCAAAUGAUACAUGUAUUGGGGAUAUUAAAUCUACCACAUACAUUGGAGACAUGAAAAUGUAUGGGAAAGACGAAGCACAAAGAAAUGAUGAGUGUGAUAGACUGCAUACUAUUCAUUUUUCGAUAAGAGAUUUAUGGAAAAGUAACUUCUCUGCGCCAAUUGAAGAUCUUCUAACAGAUGGACAAGCAAAAGUUCUUGAUGUUGG